AUCUGUGUAAACGUUGUAUGUACAGACCAUUUGUCUGGGUUAGAAAAACGUCGCGUGUGCUCGGCGAUUUUGGCGGCCGCAAGAGAUUUUUGCAACAAUCUCGCACGAGACGCGAUGUUGGUCCCGACAAUUAGAAGGGGCGUGCUGUGCGGUCUACGACGAGCUGCCGCGUGUGUCACUUAUAGGAGCAAAAUGCGGACGAGGAUCGCACGGCAGGGCAGCGAGCCGAAUUUCCUGCCCGUCUCGUCCCUGAGUGCCACGGCCAGCAGAAUUUACAGCACCAAGUCGGACUCCGAGCCGGAGGUCUCCUUGCCUAUGCUCGUGGACGGCGCUAAUAUAUAUACACCCAAUUUUUUGUUCCCGCUACGCUUUUUCUUCAAGUUCUUUUGGACUAUUCCGCAGAUAGACAGAGAGUUUGAUUUACACGAGGUUCACACCGGAGUCAAACACGCAGUAACGGUAAUAUCCAAGGCUUUGGCGAAUCAAGACUACGAUUCCUUAGAAGGUCUGGUUGAAGAAGACGUGAUACAAGUUUUGAGGGCAAAGAUCGAGACCCUCAGCCCUGAGCAAAGAUCGCUCAUUGCGAUAAACAAGGAAGAUAUUGUACAGUUUCUCUUCUGCGAUGUCAUAGUGGUUGCAGAUAAGGAGCAUUCCAUUGAAAUUAAAACACUGUGCACCUACUUCCCAGCUGGGAGAUACAAGGACUUGACUAAACUGUCAAUUAAUACCAUGUUGUCUGCCAACUUGUUCUGUAAUUAUACAUUUAUUCGUAAAUAUGUAAAUAAUGUCGGCAGCCCAUGGAUUGUGACUUUUGUAAAUCACUGCACUCUGAAUACGAUAUUUAAAUAGUUUGAAAUGAAAUUCACGUAUACCUAUUUGAUCAUUUGUCGUCGCUAUAGAAAAUAAAAUACCAGCUAUCUAUAUUUUGAUUAAAAAGAUAUUAAGGCAGUAGGUUAUUUACAGUAAACUAUGUUUCAUAAAUGUAUAUAUAAAUCAUAUUGUAUUCAAUUAAAAUAUAUUAAUUACAUUUG